AUGGCCGCCGGCGGGAGCCGCGCCGUCCUGGGGCUGUGGCUGCUGGCGGCGGGGCUGUGCGCGGUGGCGGCGGGCAGGUCCCCCAGCUGCCACGAAGUGCGGACGGCGUUCCAGCUGCGGCAGAUCGGGCCCCUCAAGCUGGUCCCCGACGUGCCCACGGCCGAGUCAGAUUUACAGAUCUGUCAACACAGGGCACCAACAUGUUGCACCAAAAAAAUGGAAGAAAGCUACCAGGCAGCUGUUCGAAGGGAGAGGACUCAGAGCAUCCAGGCACUGAACUUUGAGCUGAAGUACAUGAUUGUUGGUCACAUCACAGCUUUCCAAGAGGCCUUUGAGUCUUUGCUUCGCUUUGCUGAAAACCGCACAAGUUCCCUGUUUGAGACAGCUUACAGACCUAUGGCAAAAGAAGCAGCAGAGCCUGUUAAGGAGCUUUUUACAGACAUCUCUCUCUACAUUCUGGGCGCAGAGACCACAGUGGAAAGUGCAGUACUGCGGUUCUUUGACAGUCUCUUUCCCCUGGUGUACAGCCGGCUAAUAAACCCAGGAAUUACAGAUCUGUCAGAGGACUACACAGAGUGUCUGCGGCUUACAAGGCAAGACAUAAAUCCUUUUGGACACUAUUCUAAAAACAUGGUUACAGAGCUGUCAAAAUCUCUUUGGGCCAGCAGGAUGCUGAGCCAGGCCCUGAGCCUGGGCAUUGAAGUGAUAAACACUACAGAGCACGCCGCUGUGAGCAAGGAGUGCAGCAGAGCCCUGGUGAAGAUGCAGUACUGCCCGCACUGCCAGGGCCUGACGCUCAUCCGGCCCUGCGUGGGAUACUGCCUCAAUGUCAUGAGGGGCUGCCUGGCCAGCGUGGCAGAGCUGGAUGCGCAGUGGAGGCAGUUCAUCUCCACGCUGGAAUACCUGACUAGUGAAAUGGCAGCCUCGCACGAGCUGGAAAUGGCGCUGUCGGGGAUCUGGAGCUCCAUCAACGAGGCCGUCCUGCACGCGCAGCUGAACGGGCCGCAGCUCUCAGCCACAGUCGAUAAAGUGUGUGGACAGCCCAAACAGCAAGAAGGGAACCUGUCAUCAGCCAGUAUUGUGCCAGUGAAGGAAGUGGCUGAAACCCAGACAUUUGUGAUGGCACACACCAGCCUGAACAAUAAAAGAAGUUCUCUGCCUCUGAAAGCUUCAAAGAAUGACAAAUCAAGAAGUUUGAAAAAAGUCUCUCGAGAGUUCAUCAAUUACAUGAAGCGGUCCCGAACCUUUUAUGCCUCUAUAGCAGAAAGGCUUUGUGAUGGAGACCUGGUGAUGAGAGACAGCUCGACCUGCUGGAAUGGAGAGGAUGUUGUGGAAAGUUAUACCAGCAGAGUUGUUUCCAAUGGACUGAAAGCACAAAUUAAUAAUCCAGAACUGAAAGUUAGAGGAUUGGACCCGCUCAUCAACAAUUUGAUUGAUAAACUUCAACACUUCAAUCAACUGGAUGCUGAGAAGGCCAAGCUGAAGCUGGAGAGAUGGGGUCCCCGAGAUGCUGGCAGUGGGGGUGGAAGGAGCGAGGACAUGGAGUCAAGUGGAGACUGUGAUGAUGAGGAUGGCUGCCAGGGAUCCGGGGACAGGAUGCACACAGCAGAUAUACUCAAGGACAAGAAAACCCAUCCAGAAAACAGAAAUGAACCAAAACCAACCAUGAAAAGGAUUGACACCACAACCACUACAAGCACUGUCAAGUCAUCCUCCAAACACAGUGUUACUGGAAAUGGGGGCAGCCCAGCCCUGAGUCCCUCCCUUGCUCUUCUGGCAGCGCUGGCAGUUCUGUGGCACUGUCCCCUGUAG